GGCGGGACCCGUGCAAGGGGGUGGAGGCUCUGGGCCAGUGCCUCAGGGCGCAGCCCUCGGCGGGGGAGGGAACCGUCUGCAGGACCCUGGCAUCCGGUCCCCCAGCCUCCGCCCUCCCCUGGGACCCCGCGGCCUCCCGCCCACAGCUUUUCCCAGCCCUGCCCCUCGCCCUGCGCUCCAGCCAGAGUGUAGAUGUUCCCAGGAUCCUUGAGCCUAAGGCCGGGGACACAGGACUCUGGCUUCUUCGACUCUUGCUCUUUUUUGCUUUUCUUUGUCUCAACCUUUCCAUCUUCUUUUCUAGGUUCUUGGCUUGUCUCCCUCGCUCUGUCAAUUUGCCUAUGAUCCUCCUCCCCGUUAGUGGCUCCUGGGGGGUCCCUCCCUGGAUUUAGAUUGGUCUCCUAAUUCCCAGCAUCCCAUCUAUGAGUUUGAGAGGCGAGAAAGCCUGUGGGUUCACUACCCAACAAGGGGACUUUCUGCAGGUGGCUGUUGUGUCACUCAGCCAUGCCUGAGGGAGCCCGCGGACUGGGCUUAUCCAAACCCGGCCUCGGAUGUGGCCACAGAGGCGAAGCCUGUGACUGCCCAGCUGUGUGUGGGACUCCGACAGCCCCCGCCAUGGCCUCCCCACGAGGUUCUGGGAGCUCCACAUCUCUGAGCACUGUGGGCUCUGAAGGGGACCCAGCCCCAGGGCCCACCCCAGUAUGUUCAGCCUCCAGACCAGAGCCCCUUCCAGGGCCUCCUAUCCGCCUGCAUCUGUCACCUGUGGGGAUCCUGGGCUCAGCAAAACCCUCAAGGCUAGAGCGUGUGGCCCGAGAGAUCGUGGAGACAGAGCGGGCCUACGUCCGGGACCUCCGCAGCAUCGUGGAGGACUACCUAGGCCCUCUGCAGGAUGGCGGCGUCCUGGGGCUGAGCAUGGAGCAGGUGGGCACGUUGUUUGCCAACAUCGAGGACAUCUACGAGUUCAGCAGUGAGCUCUUGGAGGACCUGGAGAGCAGCAGCAGCGCUGGGGGCAUCGCUGAGUGCUUUGUGCACAGGAGCGAGGAUUUUGACAUCUACACUUUAUACUGCAUGAACUAUCCCAGCUCCCUGGCCCUGCUCCGGGAGCUGUCACUGUCCCCGCCAGCAGCCCUGUGGCUGCAGGAACGCCAGGCCCAACUUCGUCACUCACUGCCCCUGCAGAGCUUCCUGCUGAAACCUGUUCAACGCAUCCUCAAGUACCAUCUGCUGCUGCAGGAACUAGGCAAGCACUGGGCAGAAGGCCCGGGUGCUGGAGGCCGUGAGAUGGUAGAGGAAGCCAUUGUGUCCAUGACAGCAGUUGCCUGGUACAUCAAUGACAUGAAGCGCAAGCAGGAGCAUGCAGCACGCCUCCAGGAGGUGCAGCGGCGACUAGGAGGCUGGACUGGCCCGGAGCUCAGUGCUUUUGGGGAACUGGUGCUGGAAGGUGCUUUCCGAGGUGGUGGAGGGGGUGGUCCUCGGCUUCGAGGGGGUGAGCGACUGCUCUUCCUGUUCUCACGGAUGCUGCUCGUGGCCAAGCGCCGGGGCCCCGAAUACACGUACAAGGGCCAUAUCUUUUGCUGUAACCUGAGUGUGAGUGAGAGCCCUCGAGACCCUCUGGGGUUCAAGGUGUCUGACCUGACCAUUCCCAAGCAUAGGCACCUACUGCAGGCCAAGAACCAAGAAGAAAAAAGACUGUGGAUUCACUGUCUUCAGCGCCUCUUCUUUGAGAACCACCCUGCUUCCAUCCCAGCUAAGGCAAAACAAGUCCUCCUUGAAAACAGCCUGCACUGUGCUCCGAAAAGUAAGCCUAUCUCAGAACCCCCAACGCCCCCACUCGGGUCUCCUCGACCUCAAGAUACUAAAAGUUUCACCCCUGGCCGGAGGAACACAGCGCCGUCUCCAGGACCCUCCAGUAGCCGCCGUGGCCGCAGACAGUCUGAGCCAGUGAAGGACUCUUUUGUUGAGUUUCCACAGAACGAGAAGACUAUAUUCAAGCAUGCUGGCAGUGAAGGGGAGCUCUAUGCCCCCUCAGAAUCACAGCCACCCGUGUCAGGUCCUGCACUCCCUGAAGACCUGGAGGAUGCUGGGCCCCCCACCCUUGACCCCUCUGGAACCUCAAUCACCGAAGAAAUCCUGGAACUGCUGAAUCAGAGAGGCCUCCGGGAUCUGGAGCCCACCCCCAAUGAUAUUCCCAAGUUCCCUGGAGAUGCCCAGGUGCCAGCCAACAGCGAAGCCCUCACAUUCCAAGCCCUGCCCAGCCGAGACUCUUCAGAAGAAGAAGAGGAGGAAGAGCUAGAGACAGAUGAACGAGAGCCAUCCCCACUGCACGUCUUAGAGGGGCUUGAGAGUUCCAGUGCAGCUGAAAUGCCUGACAUUCCCAGCUUUGCCAAGAUUCCUGACGUACCCAGCCUCCCUGAAAUUCCCGAAGUUCCCCAUCAUCCCAGUCUCUCUGCCAUUCCCAGUGUUUUUGAAAUGUCCUGCCUUCCAGCCAUGCCUGAUGUCCCCGAUAUUCCCAGUCUUUCUGAUUCUCCCACCCUCCCCUGUGACUCCUGGUUCCCCAGACCUCGACUGGAGCCAGCUGAGGCACCAAGCACCAGGAGAGAACUGUUCCCAGGAAGCAGUGCUGGAAAACUGGGAGAGCCUAGCUCAGGGAGCAGGGUUGGGCAGGCAGAGGAGGGACAAGGGGUGGCGGUCCCAGAUGUCCGGCCCCAGGAUAUCACCCAAGCUCAGGGAUUCCCAGGUGAGCUGGAAUUCCGUUCUUGCUCAGAAAUCAGGAGUGCCUGGCAGGCGUUGGAGCAGGGGCAGCUGGCCCGGCCAGGCUUCCCAGAGCCACUGCUGAUACUGGAGGAUUCAGAUCUGGGAGGAAGCGAUGGGAGUGGGAAGGCAGGAGCCCCGCACUCGGAUCGGGCAGUGUCCCGCGUGCGAGAACUAGCCCGGCUCUACAGUGAGCGGAUCCAGCAGAUGCAGCGAGCGGAGACACGGGCAUCCGCCAAUGCCCCCCGCCGCAGGCCACGGGUCCUGGCCCAGCCCCAGCCAACACCCUGUCCACCCCAGGAACAGGCUGAGCCUGGACCCCUUCCUGCCUUCGGACACGUGCUGGUGUGCGAGUUGGCCUUCCCACUGACCUGUGCCCAGCAGUCUAUCUCCCUGGGCCCUGCUGCCCGUAUUCAAGCUGCCACACCCUUGACUAAGCAGAGAGGCCAUGUGGAUAGCCAGAGUCUAAAUGCUUCAGGUUUGCCUGAGCAAGGCCGACUGGACACCCAUAUUCUGGCUCCUCCAGCCUUGCCUGAGCAAGGAGCACUCCAGAAUGUCCCAGCACCGUCCAUGUCACCCAAGCAAGGAGGCCCUCCAGACAUCCAGCUUCCAUCUGUUUCAACGUUGCCUGAUCAAAGCCACCUGGAGUUCCAAGUUCCUGCUGCCACCCCUGUGCCUGAGCAUAGAAGUGACAUGGAUGUACAGGUUCCGUCUACCAGCUGCCCUUCUGAGCAAGGAUGCCAUGAGGACAUUGAGAUUCCAGCCAUGCCCAAGCAGAGAAGUUGUUCUGAGGUCUUAGUUUUAACCACCACCCCUUUCUCCAAGCAAGAAGGCCAGUUAGACAGCCAGAGCCCAGCGGACAUCCCAGAGGCUGAGGAAGGAGGUUCCAGGGAUGAUGAGUGCCCUGCCACCGUCUGUGGCCAAGCCAUCAGCCCUUUGUUGGGGCACGGAAGCAGCCUGGACUGUCAGAUCCCAUCCAGUGCCUGGCUGCCCUUGUCACAUGACCUCCCAGACAUUCCUGUUCAAGGUGCCUUGCCUCUCCCUGAACGUGGAGGGUACGUGGACUGUCAGAUUCCAGCGAGCUCUCCUCCGUCUUUAUCUCAAGACCCCCUGGACAUUCAGGUUCCAGCUGUCAACCCUUUGCCCCAGCUCCAAGGCCUCACAGACAUCCAAGCCCAAGCCCUGCCCUCUCUGCCCAAGCAGGACGAUCCCCCAGCCAUCCAGGGCCCCACUGCCACACCACUGCCUCAGGAGCAUGGCCUUGGAGACAUGCAGGCCCCCCAACUCACAGCUGUGUCCAGGCAGCAAGAAUCCUCAAACAUCCCAGCUGCUGCUUUACCAGAGCAAGGCAGGCCUGAGGAUAUCCUGUUGCCUACCCCAGUUCAGAUCACUGGGGCUUUAUCCAAACCAGGAGGCUGCUUGGUCUCUCUUGUUGCCAGGUCAGAGUCUAUAGACUUGACCCCACCCCACAGCCCCCCACCCCCUACUCGUCAGCUCCUGGGCCCCAGUGCAGCUGCCCUCUCUAGAUACCUGGCAGCCUCAUACAUUAGCCAGAGCCUGUCUCGCAGGCAGGGGCCUGGGGGAGAGGGCCCCUCAGCCUCCCGGGGGCCCUGGUCCUCUGCUCCCACAUCUCGGGCACCUUCACCCCCACCCCAGCUCCAGCCCCCACCGGCCCCAGCCCGGCGGCUCAGCUAUGCCACCACGGUCAGCAUCCAAGUAGGAGGUGGUGGGCGACUGCGGCCAGCCAAGGCCCAGGUCAGGUUGAACCACCCUGCUCUCUUAGCCCCCACCCAGGAGCCUACGGGCCUUCACAGGGCCCAGGGAGCUCCUGAUGCCCUUGCCACAUGUGACCCAGGAUGUCAGGCUUCCCAAAAAACAAGGACUUAUACCAGUGUCACAACAUUCCCAGAAUUUCAACCCAAAAUCCUGACAUGGGUCUAGAAGUGGGUGCAGCUGUCUAGCCCCUUGGACCUGUUUUCACACAUGGCCCUUCCUUCUCUGAACCAACAGGGAUGGGGAAGGGACAUCAUUAAUAUUUUGUUAACAUAGAAUUAUGUGUUUUCCCCUUUGGAAUGUGUAUGGGGUGUUGAGAUGUGAUGGCUGGGAAGAGCUGAUGUGGUGUGAUCACUGGGUCUAAGAAUUUGGGGGAUCUCCAAGUCUUUGAGGAUUACUAGAAGCAGACCUAGUAAUUUCAGUGUAUGUAAUUUCAAGGUGUUCGCAAACUGCUUAUUGGGAAAUCCAGGUUAAGUCUUCCUGCUGGGGAGAUGGCUCAGUGGAAGGGCAGUUGCCAACCAGUGCAAGGUGCUAGGUUCAUAUCCAGGUCUGAAGAAAAAAAAAACAAAAAAAGCCCUAUUAUCCCAGCACUGGAGCGGCUGAGGGAGGAGGGUCUCCAAGUUCAAGGCCAGCCUGAACUAUAUAGCAAAACCCUAUCUCAGAAAAUGGGAAGUAGGGGGUUUGCUUCAGGUGGACCCCUUGAAAUUCAUUCUCUUUAGCAACUUACUGGGUGUCUAUCUUGUGUCCCACAGUUAGCCAUCUCAUGCACAGCUGUUCCUCUGGCUUCCCCUCUGGUGUAGAACUGGCUUCCAAGCUACUGCCUUAUCUAUAUGCCUUGCUUUGUUUUUUCUGUGAUGGCCUCACUAUGCAGUUCGGACUGGCCUUGAGCUCAUUUUGUAGCCCAGGCUAGUCUCAAACUCUCGAUGAUCCUCCUGCCUCAGCUCCCCGAGUGCCGGGAUUUCAGAUGUGUACCACUCUCUCUGACUUAUAUGGCUUGCUUAUCCAACAUUCCUACCCCGUGUGGCUUUCCACUCCUCCAUCGGCCCUUUCAUCUGUCCUACCUGUCCAUCUCCAUUCUGUACCAUCCCAUCACGUUUUGUCCCUCAUUCACCCAUUUCCAGAUCCAGCAGCCCAUCCUUCAUUUGGAUUCUGAUCUUGAUACUACAGAACUUCAGAGACCGUUCCAUGCUAAUACCAGGGUAGACCAGUCUUGGGGCUCAGUCCUCUCCCCACAUCCUCAUGAAUAUCCCAAUUCUUGUGCCCCACCCACACACACAUCCUUCACCCCCUCCUUUGGGACUGCAACAAUUCCUUAACAUACUCCCUCCCACAAAGUAAUUCAGGUCAUAGACAAAAGGCUUUUAUGGUGGGACCCUUUUGCCCCUCCUUCCUGAAAUGGUGCACUCAGUAAGGACCAUAAUUUAAGCAGCAGAAUGGUAGUAUCAGCUGCUUCUGUCAAGUAUUUAACAUCUUGUAUGUUAGCACACUAAUCUUUCAAUUCAAGAAGACCUUGCUCUGUUGUGAAUUCAAGUCCCACCUUUUCUCCUUGGCGUGUGACUUUCCUUAGCCUCUUGCAUACAAAAUAACACUGCUUGGGGCCAGGGAGAUGGCUCAGUGGAAUAAGCACUUGCCUGGCAAGUGCAGGGAUGUGAGUUCAAUCCCCAGUUCUGCCAAAAAAAAAAAAACACUGCUUGUUCCCUGGGAGUGCCCCCAUCAUCGACUGAGUGUACCCUCUCACUUCCCAGAUGGACCUGGAUUAGGGAAUCCAUUCCAGUCACAUUCCCUACCUAUACUAGGCCUAUUGAAUCAGAACCUCCAGAGCAGAGCCUGGGAAUCUGAAUGUUAGCAACUGGGUAGUGG